AUGCCUCAUAUUGUUGAUCAGAAAUCUGCCGAGGCAGGCCCACUUACCCCAAGGAAGCUUGUUCUCUGUUUCGAUGGCACUGGCAACGUGUUCAACGGCAAUACUUCAGACACUAACAUCGUUAAAUUGUACGACAAGUUUGACAGGAAAGAACCUACACAGUACCACUACUAUCAAAGCCCUAUUAAUAGGGGCUUUUUUGGCAACAUCAAGUCAAACAUCUCCAAGUCGAUAGACAGUGGCUUUGCUACGACCUUCGAUGCCCAUGUAAUUGCGGGCUACCGCUUUGUUAUGCGCUACUACCGGGAAGGGGACAAGAUCUAUAUUUUCGGCUUCUCCAGAGGCGCCUUUACCGCUCGCUUUCUUGCACGCAUGAUAUACAGAGUUGGCCUACUCUCGGAGGGCAAUGAGGAGAUGAUCCCUUUUGCUUACGAUUUGUACCAUCAGUAUGUGAAGGGAAAGAUCAAUGCACCCGAGCACGAGGGAAAAGACUCUCCACCCACUACAGGCACCGAGACCGAUCCCCUCCUUCACCACGACGCGUGCGCGGCCGAAUGCUCGGAACCCGAUCAGCAACAGAUCAACAAGAACAAGCUCAAUGCCUUUAAGACAACCUUCUGCCGUUCAGAGGGCGACGGUGACCAGGGCAUCAAGGUACACUUUCUGGGCAUGUUUGACUGCGUGAGCAGCGUCUCAGUCCUUGACAGUCCCUUUGGCGUAACACCAAAACCUGUCUCCAUUCUCGGUACCGCCCAUCACGUUCGCCAUGCUGUCGCCGUUGACGAGCGUCGUGUCAAGUUCAAAGCGGCUCUGCUCCACCAAGACAACAACCACCCUCUUAAGAAAGAAGAAGACAUUAAGGAAGUCUGGUUCCCUGGCAACCACGGCGACGUUGGUGGAGGAUGGCCAGCUCCGCCAGCUCUGACAGCCCCCAUGGCCAAGCACGAGAGAAGCUGGUGGCGCAGAAUUUUCACAAGCUCAAAGGAAGAAGAAGCCUCAAACUCAGGCACAGACCCUUAUCAGAUGAGCGAUGUGCCUCUUGCUUGGAUGAUCCGUGAACUGGAGCUGAUAGGCGAGAAGGACCCGGCGUCGGCGCUCAAAUGGAAUACAAGGAAGGAUGGGUUCAAAAGGCACUUCUUCAUGAAGCGCGACCAAGCUUACAAUAGCCCAAGCCAUGACACCCUCAAGAUCUCAGGUGGCUCCUCGCUCUUCAAAGUUAUGUUGUGGAAUUUCAUGGAAUGGCUACCGAUCCGACGCUGGGAAUUGCUCAAAAAGAGGGGUGGCCCAGGGUACGAGUGGGCAUACAUCACAUGGCCGUUCAACCGGGGAGCGUCACGUGAUAUCCCUGAAGGAGCACUUCUACAUGACUCUCUCCUGAAGAGAUUGACGGGCAUGAAGUAUCCAGACUAUUGCCCGUCUAACAAUCGAGGCGAUGGUUCGGCUGCUUGUUUGGUGCCGGACAAGUUUUCUCUCGAGCAGGAAGACGAGGGAACGGACAAAUCAGCUGCUGGCGUUGAUGAACCUCGGGGCAUUCACAACAUCUACACGCUCGAAGGCGAGGGGUCGCGUCGUGGGGAAGAUCGCGGGGGUAUGCGGAAGAGAGUGUUUUAG